ACACCUUGGGCUGGUGACAUCUGGAAGACGACAGAUCCGUCGAGAACAAAUGCAUUCAUUCUAUUGUGCCUGAUGCCCCGCCCUGGAGACACGCAUAUAUUAUGGCGAGGUUACGGCCGAAAGGCAAUCUUGCCUGUUUCUACUGCGGCCAGCGGUCAUCCAUCAAAUUCGACCGCCAAACCCGCGAUUUCCUCUGUCUUCAUUGCGAUGCGAUGAACUAUCUAGACGAGAACGGCGACAUAACCGAUCCUCCUGCGAUGCAGACUUCGCGCGCCCAAGUACCACAAUACGCCAUCCCCCGAACACAAUCUCCCGAACCGGCGACCGAGUCGCAGAGCGUCUUUUGCGCGACUUGCUUAAAGAACCAACACCUCUUCACAUCCUCGCUGGCUCAAUACUUGCCAGAUGACCCCGAUCACCCGGACUCCGCGCAACUCGAAAAAUCCUACUACAAGUUCAGGCGGCGCCUAGAGGAACGUUAUCCGCAGAUAUGCGCCGAGUGUGAGCCCAAGGUCGCCGCCAAGGUCGAAGAGGCCGGCUACAAGGCGCGGACGGAUCACCUUCGACGUAUGAUCGAUAGGAGCAGGCAGAGACUCUCGGCUCCCAAGCGAUGGACCCCACUAGACGGUUUCGACAGCUUGGGUCGGUGGCUAUGGCUGACGGGUCUCGCGUCUCAGUUGCUGUGGCACCUGGUAUCUGUGUCAACCCUGGUCACUACCAGCACACCUGGACCGUUGCGUGACCCGGACGAGGACUUUUCACGGCCUCUGUUGCUUCUUAGGCAUCUGACGGACAUACUCCCCAGCGCACCUUUCCUCGCGACGGUCAGUAUAUGGGCCAGUAUCGCUAGCGCAUGGUGGAAUCCUCGAUUUGUCCAAGUGUUCCGAGGCUUUUCUAGGCACAUUUUGGGACUAUCGCAAUGGUAUAUCUUUCAGGGCCUCGUCAUCUUGGUUCGGUUCAUCGGGGUCAGAAUUACCGACAUUGCCGGCGGGCAGGAAGUUCAACCGAGCGCUCGCCUUGGUCUCCAUUUCCUCCUAGCGCUUGUCAUGGUCGUCUUCUACACUCUUGCCCGCAAAUCCGUCCGCGUCGACACCAAGCCUCUGUUUCAGUCAGCUAGCCCCUCGACGACGACGACACCCUCGAGGAGUCCCGCCCCGAAAAGGGAGGCUGGCACACCAAACAUGUCCAACCUAUUGGACGAAAUUCUAAACGAGGACAAGAGUCCCGCGCGACGAUCCCCACAGGAGACCACCUCGCCCGCAGUGCUCGCCCGUUCAGCCAUUGCCCAACGUGCCACCAACCCUGCUAGCGAAGUAAACCUGGGCUCACUCGGAAUUCGCGAACCGCCGCCACCCGUCCACUACCCGGAAGAGAUGGAGUGGACCCCGACGCACUCGAAAUACCGGGCCUUCAACGACUUCGGUUCUCCCAGUAACGAGCGCAAGGCAUUCGGCGACUCACCCACCGACCCCGGUGCGAGCCCCUUUUGGUACAAAGUGCCGCCAGCACCGACUGCCCCCGGGGCGAGACUGCGAAAAGCCCCCGCGACUGUUCUAAGGAGGAAACCAGUUGAGAAGGAGGCCGUCUUUUUCCCCGCCAACAACCGGCCCCUCCAAUCCAGCGUCUCCCCACAACAACAAAACGACGACCAAGGCCAGAAGGUCACAUUCUCCCAGCCAUCUUUCUUCGCCACUUCCGAUCACAACCCGAACGAUCCGCGGACCUCGCUGGCGGACAUGUUGACUUCUAGCUUCACUCUCGGCGCGGAUGACGAGUCGAGUGAUGAAUCCGAAAAGGCGGGUCGUCGGGAUGAUCGCGAUAUCGAGCUGAAAAUACAUCUACCAGCGAAGAGGGGAACGGCGAGGGAUCGUCUCAUGGACACGUUCACGCUCGUUGUCCUACUGGGCGUAUGGCUUCACGCGACGUCGGAUUACUACUCGUAUAGUCGGGACGCCAUGCUUGGCUCGAUAUGUCUGAGCAUCGCCGUUGGUAUCCGUCUGACCGGCGACGCCCUGGCCGGCCUCGGGGCUCGCUCUGGCCCGUUGGCCGUGCCUGUUGCGAGCACGGCGGUGGGGAUUGCGGAGCUCGGCUUUGCUUGCCACGUGGCCGUGCAGAUCUGGACAAGGGGGGAUGUAAGAUACGACGCGGACAUGGCGUUCCGUGGCCUGGGGGUCAUGGGCGUGAUGCUCGUUCACGGGAUAUGGAGUAGCAUCAUGUAUCUUUAGCAUUUUUGGGAUAACCGUGAGAAGGAGAGCAUAGAUCGGCGUUUUGGGGCACACAUUAUACCGGUAUUAGCGGCCGUGGUUUUGCGAUUCCAAUGUUGGUCGCUGGCGGAUAUAGGCCAUACGAUAGAAAUACAGCGUG